CGUUCCAUAUUAAGCCGUCGGCAUUCAAGUAGAGACUAUGAACUGCAACGCAGUUAAUUUUCGUUUCGCUUCGAACUUCCUAUGGAAAGACGUUUACUGUUGUUAGAUUUUCCUGGAGUUCCGCCAAGAAUCAAAUAGAAAAAUAGCACGUAAACAAGGAUCUCGCAAAAUAAUAUUUAAAUUUCUGAAAAAUCUUUGGCCGGGCGUACAUAUCGGAGCGGACUUGAAGCUGAAUGUUAGAUGCCUUUCUGAGACAACAUGUUGAAAAGUGACAGCAAGAGUCUUUUCUCAGGAACACCCAUCCUCUACGCUGAGGGCCAGUUCGUGGCGUGUCAUUUCAGCCCCUCUAACUAUGUGCCUUUCAGAAAGAUUGGAAAGAAGCACCUUGAAGAAGAACUUCGAAGAGCGAUGUGUACAGAAGACCGUCGGACAGACGCCCUCUUUGAGAACAGCAAAAGGGAAGAGGGGGCCUGGAAAGAUAAUUAUGAAAUGAUUUAUCUAAAAGAUAGCUGUACAGCGGAAGAUUCGUCCAAGGAAAUCAUCCUUAACCAAAAAGAUCCAAAACAACAGAAGCAGCUUCAGCAGGGACUAACGCACUUCAUGGAAUUACUUCAAUGGAUUUCGCAGGAGGGCGACGAAUUUGUCUAUAUCGAAUCACUAAGAGACUCAAACGACGUUUUCAUUUUACUGGACGCCAUAGGAAAAUGUCGGAAUCCAGUUUUGAUUAACAUACUGAUUUGUGACAACGAACCGAACAAGAUCACUGUGUCUCUAUCGAAUGUGACUGUAAGUCUACAGAGUUUACUCUUCUGUAUGUUUCCAACCUAGUUCAGGAAAUUCAAGAUCAGUUUUGACGCGAUACUAUUCCUGAUGUAGCUGGAUCAGACACAGUUGGCGUUUGACACGUUCAGUUAAAUUUUUGUAACGCCUAGGAUAAAGCCUUCGCUGUGGCUUCUCAAAAGAACUUGCGAAUAGGCCCUAAUCACUAGUGCUGCAGGACGCGCGUCUCUCCGCCUGCGGGAAGAUUUGAGACAAGUUGGGAAGAGGAUUGCUUAGGGUCUGGCACUGAUAACUAUCAUCGUCAAGGCCUCAUACUUUCUCGUGUUGAAGAAAAAUUCGUGCGGGAACGUUCCUGCUAGGAGAUUAACAGCAAGCAUAUAUGUGCACCUGGAUUAUUUCGAACCAGCGAAAUUUAGAGCGUGGACAAAUAAGCAAUCACAUCUCUCACAAGUCCCAAGUUGCAUGUCUAAAUAUUCUUAAGGGUAUAGAUUCCUCCCUUAAGGCUUAACUCCAAAGCAUGUAUUUCUUAAAUGGCUACGUAGGACAAUGUCUUGACAUGGUUGUUUUGGAAAACUACUUUAUAAAUCUUUUGCUUGUUUAUUUUGAAAGGAUGUGAAGGAGAAACACUAAUAAACUUGUAGCCUGUCCCGUGUGCUCAGGUGGUAAAACGGGGCCCAAAUAAACGAACUGCGUGAUAUAAAACCCCCU